UCUGACACGUGAAAUGUAUUGCUAUGCAGGAAAGGAUACCGUAAAUAGCUGUUCAUUAAACGCACCAUAUCGUUCUGUAAGCUCUCACAUGUACGACUUAUCCAUAGCUUGUACACCUUGUGGUUUACCAGAUAUUUAUAAUGGAGAUCCAGUAGCAUUCAAUGGAACCGAGUUAACAGUGACAUGUCAUACAGGAUUCUACCCAAACCAGAUCAAAAUGAAAUGUCAGAAUAACAAUAGUUGGUACGAGGAGCAAAGAUGCACUCCACUUCAUGCUUUUCCACUCAAUAUUAGUGACAUUCAGUUGAAGAAUAGCUAUAGACCUUCCGAAGGACGUGUAGAAAUUUUGGUUAAUGGAACGUGGGGGACAAUUUGUGACACUGAUUUCGCUUCUGCAGAUGCAACAGUUAUUUGCAAAAUGUUUGGAUUAGAAUAUAGCAGCUUUUACACAAAGGCCAAGCACUACGGUAGAGGAAGCGGUCCAAUAUACGUCGACAAAUUGAACUGCACGGGAACAGAAUCUCAUAUAAACCUUUGCAGUUAUGAGAUUUCAAAUAACUGUACGCAUUAUGACGAUGUGGCUGUUAUAUGCACAGGAUAUCAAUUAGAAAUAACGGAUAUAAGACUAGCUGGUACUAAUGGACCAUAUCAUGGGCGUGUUGAACUUAAAGUCAAUGGUACAUGGGGAACAGUAUGUGAUGAUUAUUUUUACUCGGACGGUGCAAGGGCCGUAUGCAAACUGUUCGGAUUGACAUACCAACGAUAUAUCCGCGGAGCAUACUACGGUCAAGGCAGUGGACCAAUUUUUGUAGAUAGGCUUGAUUGUCCCUAUACAACUAAUACUGACUACCCUCUUUUGAACGACUGUGCAUAUGCUGUUGAUAACUACUAUAACUGUGGCCAUAAUGAAGAUGUUUCUGUAAUGUGCUAUGGACCAAUCUUAAACAUUACCGCUGCACGAUUAGUCAAUGGAACUGGUCAAUAUGACGGACGUGCGGAAAUCAAUGUUAACGGCACAUGGGGAACGAUUUGCGAUGAAAACUUCAAUAUUCAAGCUGCAGAUUUAUUUUGUGGCUUGAUGGAACUGAGGGCAGCUCAGUACUUCACUGGUGCAAUAUAUGGCGAAGGAAGUGGUCCAGUUUUCAUUGAUCAACUGUUUUGUGAUGAUAACGAUUAUUCUCUCAGCAACUGCAAAUAUUUGUUCCUGAAUGAGUGUACUCAUGAGAGAGAUAUAUCUGUCGUUUGCAACGACUGUGGACAACCAGAUAUCUACUUCUGGGGUGUUGAUUUCUUCACCUAUAAUGGAACUACGUUGUUUGCCGACUGUUCAUACUAUCGGACAUAUGUUGGGAAGCUUAAACUGACGUGUGAUAACCAGACACAAACGUGGAACACAGAGGGAGAAUGUCAAGAAUAUCGCUUCCCAUUAGAUGUAACAGACAUCAGAAUGGCUGAUGGUCCCAGUUCAACGAAUGGAAGGGUCGAGCUAAAAUCAUUGGAUACAUGGGGAACAGUAUGCGAUGAUUAUUUUGGAAUGCAAGAGGCUAAUGCUAUUUGUAGCAUGCUAGAAUAUCCUCCAGCGGUAUCAUAUUUUGUCGGUGCCCAUUAUGGACCAGGCACAGGGCCGAUAUUUGUGGACGAUCUGAGCUGUGGGGGAGACGCAUUACAUAUCAAUAACUGCACAUAUAUUACAUAUGACAACUGCGACCAUGACGAUGAUGUUUCUGUUGUUUGCACAGAUUGUGGUGACCCUAAGCCUGAACAUGGAUUUAUAAACUCAACAUUUACAAAUUACGGAUCUGCAGUUCAUGUGACAUGUGAAAAGGAUUUUAAUCUGAUUGGCGAUUUUGAAAUUAUCUGUCAGCUUAAUGGGACCUGGAGUAAUCUUCCCAUCUGUAAACUUAUAGACUGUGGCACUCCUAGACCAUCGAAUGGUAACAUAAACACUACAUCUACUACUAAUGCAACAGUGGCAAUGGUAUGGUGCGAUGACGGCUAUACAUUGAUAGGAGACUCUGUUAUAACCUGCCAGUCAAAUGAAACAUGGACAAAUUAUCCAGUCUGUCAAAUCAUAGAUUGCAGCGAUCCUGAACCAGAUUUUGCUGAUGUAACUUUGCUUGGUAAUAAAACAACCUUUGGUGAGACAGCUGUCAUUAGUUGUUGGACAGGAUAUACUCCAACUACUAACACACUUGUGUCAUGUCUUGCAAACGGAACAUGGGAAGAAUGGCCUGACUGUGAAAUUGUAGACUGCGAUAAUCCUGUUCCUCAGAAGGGUUCUGCGAACAGCUCAGAUACGACAUAUAAUACAAUAUUGGAAAUAACAUGUGGGGUUGGCUACAACAUAACUGGAGACUCCAUAAUAAGAUGUCAAGCUGAUGGAACUUGGUCGGAUUAUCCGAGAUGUGAUACAUCAGAUUGCGGGCAGUUUUCUGUAGCCAAUGGGGAAGUUAACACAUCUCUUGGAACAACAACUGGAUCAUCUGCUACUGUAGUGUGCGAUGAAGGAUAUGACAUACAGGGUUCUUCUGUAGUUAUAUGUUCAAGUACUGGAUGGAAUGAAUCCGUUACCUGCCAAGUCCAAGUUUGUCCGGAUCCUACACCUGAGAACGGAAAUGUAUCCGACACUGAUAGUAUAGACGAAUUCGUUUUUGGCAACUAUGCAUCUAUAGAAUGUGACACUGGGUAUAAAAUUGAUGGAGACAAUGUUAUUACAUGUGAUAAUGGCGGGGUUUGGAGCAACAGACCAACGUGUAAAUUGAUUGAUUGUGGGGUUCUUACUGCUCCAAUCAACGGUAACAUAGAUGAUUCACAAGGAACAAAAUACAGUGCUAAGAUAACUUUCACAUGUAAUGAAGAUUUCCUCUUGGUUGGUGAUAAAACGUCUAUAUGUGGAGAUAAUGGCAAAUGGAAUAAUCAACCUCCCACAUGUGCAGCUAAAUCUGAAGUUGGAGGACCUUGCAUCAGUCAAGAAUAUUGUUUAAUGGAGGAUUCAUUGUGCAUUGACUCUGUUUGUGCUUGUAUGACUGGAAUAUAUGACAUUCGCACAAAGAAGUGUGAUAAAAUGCCACUUUUACCAUACGGAUACGGCGAAGGUGACUAUUAUAUACAGGAAACAGAAGUAUGUGGACCAACUAUAUUUUUUCCACCUGGAAUGCCAGUUUCUGGAAAAAUUUGCACAAAUCUAUAUGUAUGCUCUUACGGCUUUGUUAGCUUUGACUAUCAGUACACGAAUCCUACACCACCAAAGAAUAAGGACAGUGUACUGACCAUUGGUCAGAAUACCAUCAUUGCCCCAUUUUACGGUCCUAUUGAUAAAAAGACUUCUGGUCCUGUUUACUACAGAUCAUAUGACAUUUUGAAUUCAUACAACAGAAUGAAGGACGACGCUGAUUUGAUUUCUUAUGUUGAAAAUAUUGUAGUAAAAUUUGGAGAUCAGAAUUCGUACGAGGCGAGCUUCAUUUUGAUUGCAACCUGGCAUGAAACAAAAGCGUUAGGAAUAGGUUUCGACACUAGUAAGACAUCGACGUUCCAAGCAGUACUAGUGUCUGACGGAAAGUCAACCUAUGUGUUUUACAUAUAUGGGCAUGGUUUGAUGCAAUGGGUUGACAAUGACUCUAACGACACUCCGGUAUGGGUAGGUGUGCAGGUAGAUACUGAUGAUUCUUUGUCGUCCUUCACACACCCGUACGCUUUUACGUCACAAGUAUUGCAGUUGGACCUACAACCAGACGUGCCUAAUUCUGAAGAUGAUGUUGCUGGACUGGUUUUUCGGCCAUUGCAUCAACAAAGCGUUGUAAACGAUGCUGUUGAUUGUAUCAGAUGGUAUAAUGAGAAUUAUGAAGAUAAGAAACACCUGGAUUAUAUUGCAAGCCUGACCCCAGAAUGUCCAUGUGAUAUAUGGUUAUCUAGAUUUGAUCCAUGGUUUUGGAAAAUUGGAUUACACAGGUGGCGGAAAGAUAUUUCACAUUACUGUGUAGAUAUGCUUCAUGCGGGAAACUUCGGAAAAUACGGAAAGUCUUGCUGCUAUGACUUGCGAACUUGGCUCUGGGAGUAUGAACGUCCACUAGCUGGGGGAUUUCAGCUGUACCAUCCACGCUAUCCCUUGGAUCAUAUUGUAAAUGAUGUUAUCCCGAAAACAAAAUGUUGUGUUAAAUCAAAUUAUUGCAACUUGUACUACGAGCUAAGACCAACUGGAUCGUGUUAUAUAUCUUCAUCGUACGAUUUUGGGACAUUCUGGGGUGAUCCACAUUUCAUAACACUCGACAGAAUGAAUUUUACUUUCAAUGGACUUGGAGAGUAUACACUAUUACGUGUUCGAACAAACAACUUGACUUUUGACCUUCAGGCAAGAACAGAAAGAGCCAUCAAACAAGAUGGCAACGUGUCCGAUGCGACGGUUUUCAGUGCAUUUGCUGUUAAAGAUUCCUCAAAUGCUUCUAUUCAUGUGGAAAUAAACAAGGCAAAGACCGGAAUGAUUUUAUAUGGAAACAACGUAGAUCUCACUAAACAGUUCUAUAACAGUACUGACCCCGAAAACCCAUUUGUUUACUCUCCGGAGGAUCCUACUGAAGGGCGAUAUAUCAUUUCCAAAAGGGACGAGACUGUCAGUGUCGUGUUCACUACAAGUGGCAUCUCGCUAAAUAUAUCAGUAAAUGUUGGAAUGCUGUCGUUAAAUACGGGAGUUCCAAAAGGAUUAAAAGGUCUAACCAGUGGUUUGCUUGGAAACUACGAUGGUAACCCGGACAAUGAUUUUACAAUGCCUAAUGGAACGGUCUUGAGGGCAAACCUUACAGAAAGGGAAGUUUUUGAAUAUGGCAAGACGUAUUUUGACGAGUGUGCAUUUGGAACUGAUAAGUGUGAGCAACGGUGUACUAAUAAUAUAGGCUGUCCCUUUGUCCCUGCCUAG